AUGGCCGACACCAUCGACAACAAAUUCCCCAACCCCUUUUCCAACCCAGGUCCGGAGCCGAGCGCAGAAAAUCCAGGAGGCGUGCAUCCUCACACGCAGCACAAUCAAGCCGAUCCCAACCUUCGUCGAGAGGUGGGCGAUUCCAUAGGUCGAAGCGUGGAGAACACGUUUGCAUUGGGAGAGAAGCUGAACAAGUUGGAGAGCGUGUUGGAUGAGGUGAUUGGCAUGUUCGAAGCGGAGAGGGAGACGCUAGGAAGAGAGGGAGAUUUCAAAAAGGGAAAAGAAGGCAUCGAACUGUUCAAAUCCUGGAAACACGAGCUAGAGCGCAUCAAGCGCGGCAUCGAUUGAGU